UCUUGGGCUUGGAGGAGGGCAAGAUCUCUUGGAAUGAAGAGCAGAGGAGGCCUGGGCGAAGCUCUCUGGAGAAUGGAAAACUCCGUCUUGCUAUGGCUGCUAGCACUUGCAUCCUCUGUCUGUGGGAAAGCCCUGCUGGAUCUAACUGGCGUGCAAGAAAUUGAAGGGACCUGGCAAGCAUCUGUUAACUUGCCAUGUGUGUAUGAGCCCUCUACUGACGUGGAGCAGCAAGCUGUGUUGUGGAAAAUCUCUCUGCCAGAUCAGAGCACGAGGACCAUCUUUCGCCGGACUCCUGACUCUGGAGAUCAGACACUCUUGACGCUUUUCAAAGGCAGAAUCCAUGUUCCGAAAGAUCCACCCGGAGAUGUCUCCCUCCUCAUUGAGGAUCUGGAGAUGACCGAUCGUGGGCAAUACACCUGUGUAGUUAUCUGGGUGGCAAGAAACAAGACCAGGAUGACGAAAGAGAGGAUGACUAUCCUCAGUGUUGUCAAAGUGGCAGUGACCAAGCCCGUCCUCACAGCUGGGAGUGUGGGAUCUAUCCUGCCCACAGGGAGGAAUAUCAGCCUCACCUGCCAAGCCAAUGGCUCCCCUCCCAUCAUAUACCGAUGGUUCAAGACAGCUCAAAAAGGAAAUGCAGACCAAAUUGGAGAGGAUGCCAUACUCCACUUUGACAGCCUGCAGGAAUCAGACACAGGAGCAUAUUUCUGUGAAGUACAGAACCGAGUCAGCUCCAUUAUCCAGAGGAGCGACACCUUGCAGCUAACUGUAAGAGAUCCUUCAGAAUUGCCUACUCUAAAACCGAGCUCUGAGAAUUCAGAUGCCACUAUUGCUGAAAGAGGUCUGGUUCCAACUGCACUAGAACCUCAGAGGGACGAGAGCGUUUCAGGGCACCCUGUUGACACCCCAGCUCCUCCGAGGCCCAGCCUGCCCCUCUACAUCAUUGGCCUGAUUGCUGUGCUCUGCAUCACGGUGCUUCUUGCGGUCUUGGCGGUCAUCUUCUGCAGCAGGAAGCGCAGGGCUGAUGACGCCUAUGAAGUGACCUACAACAAUUCUGUGACUGUCGUGAGAGAAGAGGCCAGGCCUGCCGUGGCUGAAGCACCCGCCUGCACUGCUGAGCCCGUCUCUCCAAGGGGUGAGAGCAGCUAUGCCGUGGAGCCAGCCAAAGUCCCCAUUUAUGUGCCAAUGGGCACCAAGAUUGACAAUGAGUACGAGACCCUCGUGGACAAGAUGGAAUCUGUGUAUGAAGUGGUAGACACUCAGAAGGGGGCCGGCUUGGACACAAAGAGGCCAAGCCAGUGAUGGACCUUCAAGCACUUAGCAAGAGGGAAAGUGGUUCAUCAGCUGCCCUUUCUUCAGGGGCAUCUGUUAACUUGUGUCACUUCAGGUUCGCCCUUAAAAUUCCUCCCAUUAAUUUGUCCAGUCAAACUCCCUCCUGCCUUAACAAUGGGUUAUGUACAAGUACCUGGAAGAAGAGAGCCCAUGGCCAUGAUCCCGUUUGGCACCACACACCAGAAGCUAGCUCCUGCACAUGUGCCCACAACUGGACAAGAAAAUGUGCAGGGGUUCAUGUUCCCCCAACUCAGCCCACUAUCCUGAGCUGCACAGCUGCAGCAUCAGCCACAGGGGUGCCACCUAUUGCUUGUAGGAUUGCCAACCUCCAGGUAGUGGCUGGAGAUCUCCCACUAUUACACCUCUAGGCGACA